UGGCCAACGCCACCGCCUUCCUGCCGCCCGGGCUCAAGGUCGCCGUCGUGGGGCUGUACCUGGCCGUGUGCGUCGGGGGGCUGCUGGGCAACUGCCUGGUCAUGUACGUCAUCCUCAGACACACCAAGAUGAAGACGGCCACCAACAUCUACAUCUUUAACCUGGCCCUGGCGGACACAUCGGUGCUGCUGACGCUGCCCUUCCAAGGCACAGACGUCCUCCUGGGCUUCUGGCCCUUUGGGGACGCCCUGUGCAAGGCGGUCAUUGCCGUCGACUACUACAACAUGUUCACCAGCACCUUCACACUGACCGCCAUGAGUGUGGACCGCUACGUGGCCAUCUGCCACCCCAUCCGCGCCCUCGACGUCCGGACGUCGAGCAAAGCACAGGCUGUCAACGUGGCCAUCUGGGCCCUGGCCUCUGUCGUGGGCGUUCCGGUCGCCAUCAUGGGCUCGGCACAGGUGGAGGGUGAAGACAUCGAGUGCCUGGUGGAGGUCCCGGCCCCGCAGGACUACUGGGGCCCAGUGUUCGCCAUCUGCAUCUUCCUCUUCUCCUUCGUGCUGCCCGUGCUGGUCAUCUCCGCCUGCUACGGCCUCAUGCUCCGGCGGCUGCGCGGCGUGCGCCUGCUCUCAGGCUCCCGCGAGAAGGACCGGAACCUGCGGCGCAUCACGCGGCUGGUGCUGGUGGUGGUGGCCGUGUUCGUGGGCUGCUGGACGCCCGUGCAGGUCUUUGUGCUGGCCCAGGGGCUGGGUGUGCAGCCGGACAGCGAGUCCGCGGUGGCCGCCCUGCACUUCUGCACAGCCCUGGGUUAUGUCAACAGCUGCCUCAACCCCAUUCUCUACGCCUUCCUGGACGAGAACUUCAAGGCCUGCUUCCGCAAGUUCUGCUGCGCACCCGCCCUGCGCCGUGAGGCUGCAGCUAUGGGCCGCACGCGAAGUGCCGCCAGGGAUGUGGCCCUGGUGUGCAAGACCUCAGAGGCUGUGCCGCGGCCCGCGUGACUAGGCGUGGACCUGCCCAUGGCGCCCGUCAGCCCGCAGAGCCCAUCCACGCCCAACACGGAGCUCACACAGGUCACGGCUCUCUAGGCUGAUGCCCGGGCUGCGCAGGCCCCAUGGGCUGAUCUGGGGCUGGACCCAUGGGCACUCGGCAAGGCCUGCAUGGACGUGGCGUGUGGGCCGUCUGUGGGCGCCAUCCACGAGUGGCAGCCUCUCCUAGGCCCUGGCCGUAGUUGCGCCGGACUCUGGCGUCCCACAGGGACCUCAGCAGGGCCUCCCUCCAGAGGCCCAGGAACU